AUGGUCUCAGAGUUGGAACAGUCCUCAGACUCAGAGAAGUCGCUUCAUGGUCUCAGAGUUGAACGAGUCACCCUAACUCAGAGAAGUCGCUUCAUGGUCUCAGAGUUGGAACAGUUCUCAGACUCAGAGAAGCUUCGCUUCAUGGUCCCAGAGUUUAGAACAGUGUCCAGAAUCUCCAGAGAAGUCGCUUCAUGUGUCAGAGUUGAACAGUCUCAGACUCAGAGAAGUCGCUUCAUGGUCUCAGAGUUGGAACAGUCCUCAGACUCAGAGAAGUCGCUUCAAUGGUCUCAGAGGUGGAACAGUCCUCAGACCAGAGAUGUCGCUUCAUGGUACCUCAGAGGUGGAACAGUCCUCAGACUCAGAGAAGUCUGCUUCAUGUUCUCAAGAGUUAGAACAGUGUCAUACUCUAGAAGUCGCUUCAUGUGCUCCGAGUUGGAACAGUCGCAGACUCAGAGAGGUCGCUUCAUGUCUCAGAGUUGGAACAGUCUCAGACUCAAGAAGUCGCUUCAUGGUAUCAGAGUUAGAACAGUGUACAGACUCAAGAGAAGUCGCUUCAUGGUCUCAGAGUUAGAACAUCUCAGACUCAGAGAAGUCGCUUCAUGGUCUCAGAGUUCAGAACAGUCCAGACGGCAGAGAAGUCGCUUCAAUGGUCUCAAGCUUAGAACAGUGUCAGACUCAUAG